AUGUCUGCCUCAUUUCUAGGCGAAGCAGCCGUCAAGGAGAAGGACGCUCGGGAUUAUGGCACUCCAGUAGAAAGCAUCAAUGAUACAAGCGACAUAGAAGGUCGAAUUACUUCUGGAUUCGAGGAAAAUGGCCAGUUCAUCCAAGGUUUACACCAGCGUCAUAUACAGAUGAUUGCCUUAGCAGGUACCCUCGGUACCGGCCUAUUCUUAUCCAUCGGCCAGGCUCUUGCGAGAUCGGGACCCUUGGGGACAUGGCUUGCCUACUCAAUAAUAGGAGCCACGCUUUUCUCUGUUGUUUUGGCCGUUGGUGAGAUGGGCGCACUUGUUCCUCUCAACGGAGGCAUUGUUCGGUAUUCGGAGAAAUUUGUUGAUCCAGCUCUUGCUUUUGCAAACGGUUGGAAUGAGAUUUACGCACAUAUUGUGGGGAUUCCGGGCGAGAUCACUGCUGCUGCUGUUCUUGUAGAAUUCUGGAUACAGAUCAACAAUGGUAUUUGGAUAACCGUUUUUGGGGUUGUGAUGUUAUGCAGUGCUCUCGUGUUUGUUCGAGUAUAUGGCGAGCUAGAAUUCAGCUUUGCAUUGAUGAAGAUUGCGUUAGUAAUCGGUCUUAACAUAAUGUCACUAGUAGUCACUUGUGGCGGGGGCCCUAAUCACAAAUCGAUAGGAUUCCAGUACUGGAGGAACCCCGGCCCUUUUGUUCAAUAUCUCGCUAUCCCAGGCUCUCUUGGGCGCUUCCUUGGCUUCUGGCAGAGUGCAAACUCGGCUCUAUAUGCAUAUUCCGGACUCGAAAAUUUUACCAUAGCUGCAGGGGAGCUGAAAUCGCCGAGGCAUUCAAUUCCCCAAGCCGCCAAACGAGUCUUUUGGAAAAUCGUCAUGUUUUAUGUCGUUACUAUAUUUAUGGUUGGUUUACUUGUUCCGUCAAACGACCCAAGUCUUUUAAAUUCAACUGGAAAUGCUUCCGAGUCCCCAUUUGUUAUUGCCGCCCGACGAGCCGGUAUCAAAGCAGUGCCCUCAAUUAUAAAUGCUGUGGUUUUGACGUCGGCAUGGUCUGCCGGAAAUUCUAGUCUCUUGGGCGGAUCGCGUAUACUCUACGGAAUGGCACGAGAAGGCCACGCGCCAUCAUUCUUCACUCGAGUCAACCGGUUCGGCGUGCCAUACCUAGCCGUGUCCCUUUAUGGACUAUUUAUGUGUCUAGGAUAUAUGACACUUUCGCGUACGGCCGCUGAAGUUUUCAGCUGGCUUCAACACUUGGUCUCCAUUGCAACACUGGUCAAUUGGAUGGCUAUUUGUGUUGUUUAUCUUCGAUUCUUUUAUGGCUGCAAAAAACAGGGCAUCUCGCGCAAGGAGCUUCCAUGGGCAGCACCGUUCCAACCUUAUAUCACUUGGAUUUCUCUUACGUUGUUUAUAAUUCUCUUGCUAACCGGUGGAUUCACUACAUUCAUACAUGGGCACCGUCACAGUACUCAAAUACCACAGGUUGCAGCUUCGAGUGACAAAGACUCGGAGGCGCUUCAAUUUACUCAAACACAAACAAACCACCUACAACAAACAGCCAUGGAAACCAAUGCUAGUUAUUCUAUCAAGGGUGUCUAUGAGAAUCCUCUAUCUAUGGGAAGAGGAAGAGCAAUUCCUUCGCCAUUUCCAAGCUCAGACGACUACAUUGUCGAUUUUGAUGGUCCAGAUGAUCCGGAUCAUCCAUACAAUUGGAAAUUUUCUGUGAAAUUAUACCUUUCCGUAAUUGCUUGCUUUGGCACAUUUGUUUCUUCAUUCACGAGUGCGAUGUUUGCUCCAGGAAUCAGUGGUGUGGCCCGGGAGUUCAGCGUCAGUUCUGAAGUUGGCACGCUCGGGACGACUCUUUACGUAUUGGGGUUUGCUUCUGGGCCCCUCAUCUGGGCCCCUGCGUCUGAGCUUAUAGGGAGGAGAUGGCCGUUAACGGUGGGCAAGCUUGGUGGUGCUAUUUUCACCAUUGCUUCGGCUGUCGGCAAAGAUAUUCAAACAGUGAUCAUAUGUCGGUUUUUUGCUGGCCUCUUCGGUGCUAGUCAGCUGUCUGUCGUUCCCGCACUCCUAUCAGAUAUAUACGACAACUCUGAACGUGGAAUUGCAAUAGCAAUCUACUCUCUUACCGUAUUUGUUGGUCCAUUCAGCGCACCUUUUAUCGGCGGCUUCAUCGCUUCCAGUCCGCUUGGUUGGCGAUGGACUCUAUAUAUCCCGGCUUUUAUGGCAUUUGCAUGUGGCAUUGCUUUCGCUAUUUUCCUAAAAGAAACUUACAGCCCGUGUUUGCUGAGUUCCAAGGCGGCAAUGAUUCGGAAACAAACCCUCAACUGGGCAAUACACGCAAAGCAUGAUGAAAUGGAAAUCGAUUUUCGGGAGCUCUUUCAUAAAAAUUUUCUCCGUCCGUUAAGGAUGCUGAUAACAGAGCCGAUUAUCCUGCUAAUUUCGCUCUACAUGUCCUUUAUCUACGGUCUGGUCUAUGCUCUUCUCGAAGCAUACCCGUAUGUGUUUGAGACUACUUAUGGGAUGAGCCCUAGUAUCGGUGGCCUUACCUUUAUCGGCCUUAUUAUCGGCCAGCUUCUUGCAUGUGCGUUUAUUCUUUCUCAACAUUCGACAUAUAUGAAGAACCUUGUUGCCAAUAAGAAUGUCUCCGUUCCAGAAUGGCGCUUGUCUCCGGCUAUUAUCGGUGCUCCAGUCUUCACUGCAGGUAUAUUCUGGUUUGGUUGGACAGGGUUUACCGAUUCCAUCCACUGGAUGGCACCAACUGCUGCUGGCGUUUCAAUCGGCUUUGGCAUUUUGUGCAUCUUUCUCCCAUGUUUUAAUUACUUGGUUGAUUCGUAUCUGCCAUUGUGA